AUGCUUUCUUAGAAAACAUUAAUCUGCCUCUCAUUCAUUUUACUCUUAACUCAAGCCUAAGUUUUACCUGGUCUUGAUUACAUCAAGAGUGGUUACGAUGGUACUAAGAUCCUCAACGAUUAAUUGGGUUAGAGCAAGUAUCCUAUUUUCUAAUUUGACCCUUCAAAUGGUGAAAACGACUACACUAUGAAUGGAAAAACUUACAAGGUCCCUAUGGCUGUCUAAGCUACUGAUCUUUCUAUCAGAAAGGAAACUCAAUGCGAAGGUAUCUUUUACUCUUUCUCUGAUUUCUAAAAGAAAUACUCUGAAUCAAUCACUUUUUCUGCUGGUUUUACUAUCUCCGAGAUCACCCCCUCUCUCAAUGUUAACCACUAAUUAGACUAAUUACACUAAGAAAUUACCUAAAAUAACAAGGCCGUUUCAGUUUCUUAAUCUUACUGGGCCAUGUAUACCUUGACUACCGCCCCUGCCUUCUUGAUGCCAUUAAAUCCUAUGUUCAAGUAAUCAUUGGAUGCCCUCAACAGAAUGGCCAGAAACCCCGCUAGCGAUACCUAAUAAACCAUUUACAACCAAGUUAUUAACUCUUUCGGUACCCACUUCGUUUCCAGCGUCGUCAUGGGAGGUGCUGCUAAAAUUUAUACCACCAUUAACUAAGGAUACAUCAAGACCCUUGACUUUGAAUAAAUUAAAACUCAAGUCACUUUAGAUGUCAACAAUUAAAUUUUCAAGUUCAAAUUCGGUUACGACUCUACUGAUAUUACUUAAAGACCAACUGAAAGUUUCAAGAAAAAUUCCGAUGAUAUCAUCGUUUUCUCUCCCGAAGUUGAUCAUUUAUAAGAUCCUAAGGCUUGGUCUACUUGGGAAUCUACAGUUCCUAUGAAACCCCAACCCGUUAACACCACUGUUUCUUACAUUUCUGAUUUGGCUUACGAAUACCCUGAAGUUCAAGCUCAUUUAAGAAAGACCAUCGAAUACUACUUAAAGAAUAAUAAACUUCCUUCUAUCGGUGAAAUUAAUAACACUGCUUGA